UUCUGGUCGAGGAAUGCUAGUAUGAAUGUGUGAUACACACAUCCAAUCCAGACAUAUCCACACCAAUUAAUGUUAUCCAUAUGGACGCUUAACAUUCGAUGUUGUAUACUCUCUCUUGGAUAGGAUAAUUGUGUAAAAUAUGAUAGCGGCCGUGUGUUGGGUCCCAAAAGGUGCUUCAAAGGUUGUACCAGUUGUUGCGGAGCCACCCUCAAAAGAGGAGAUUGAAGAGAUCUUGAAGACAGGGAUUCUAGAAAGAAGCGGACACAGUGAGGAUGAACAAGAUGAGGAAAUGGAUGUUGAUGCUGCUGUGCAGACCAAUGCAAUCGGUCAGGCAUUAGCUGCAGCAGAUGCUCUUGGCAAAAAUUCUGGAAACAAUUUUCAGGACAUAACUGAUGGCCUGAGGGAACUUGAUAUGGAUAAUUAUGAUGAAGAGGAUGCAGGCAUUGAGCUAUUUAGUUCUGGACUUGGUGACACUUUCUAUCCCAGCAAUGACAUGGAUCCAUAUCUGAAGGAUAAGGAUGAUGAUGAUGAAGAGGAAAUUGAAGACAUGACCAUAAAACCGUCGGAUGCAGUUAUAGUCUGUGCACGGAAUGAGGAUGAUGUCAGUCAUCUCGAGGUUUGGAUACUUGAAGAAUCAGAAGAUGGUGAUUCAAACAUGUAUGUUCAUCAUGAUAUAAUACUUCCAGCCUUUCCCCUUUGCACAUCAUGGCUUGAUUGUAACCUCAAAAGUGGAGAUAAAGGAAACUUUAUAGCUGUAGGCUCGAUGGAACCUGCUAUUGAAAUUUGGGACCUUGACCUUAUUGAUGAAGUUCAACCAUUUAUGGUCUUAGGGGGCAUUUCCAAGAAGAAGAAAAAAAGCAAGAAGACAUCGGUCAAAUACAAAAAGGACAGCCACCAAGAUUCUGUACUCGGUCUUGCCUGGAACAAGGAGAUCAGGAAUGUCCUAGCCAGUGCAAGUGCAGACAAGUCUGUCAAGGUUUGGGAUGUGGUUACAGGGAAAUGCCCUCUCACAAUGGAACAUCAUACAGACAAGGUCCAAGCAGUUGCAUGGAACCGGAAUGUGCCAGAAGUUCUUCUUAGUGGGUCUUUUGAUCGCUCAGUGGUCAUGAUGGACAUGAGGGCACCCUCACAAGCUGGUACGAAAUGGGAGGUUGCAGCUGAUGUUGAAAGCUUGGAAUGGGAUCCACACAAUAAACACUCUUUUGUGGUCAGCCUUGAAGACGGUACAGUUCAAGGUUUCGACAUUCGAGCAGCUGCUUCCAACUCAAGUUCUCUUUCCAAACCAAGUUUCACUCUUCAUGCACAUGAUAAAGCUGUUUGUACAAUCUCCUAUAAUCCAUCAGCAGCUAACCUGCUUGCAACUGGGUCAACCGAUAAAAUGGUGAAACUCUGGGAUAUAUCAAACAAUCAACCCUCCUGUGUUGCAUCCAAGGAUCCUAAAGCUGGGGCGGUCUUUUCAGUUUCAUUUUCAGAAGACAACCCUUUCUUGUUGGCAAUUGGAGGCUCCAAAGGGAGGCUGGAAGUAUGGCACACGUUAUCUGAUCCUGGAGUUGUUCGGAGAUUUGGGAGUUCUAGCAAUCGAGGAACCGACCCCAUGCCGGCAGCGUGAGUAAAACCAGCGAGGAUGAGUGUUGUUUAUUUGAUUAGAAAGCAGCGUCAUGAUGGGACCCAAAAGAUGGAUGGUUGAGAUAAUCAGAGGACCUCUAAAUAUGUGCGGGGAAACUGUAGACUACCCAAAAAGAUGCAAUGAGCCACCCAUCAUGAUUGGAACUGUUCAACCAGUGCGUCCCUGCAUGGAUGGGCCACGGCAUGAUUACGCUGAUUUAAACCUUCCUAGCCUCUGAUUUUUGCUGUGGAAACAAAAAUUGCCAGUCCUUAAUUCAACUAAAGGAGUUGGGGCUCAAUGGAUGAGUUCUUUGUGCUGAUUCUCAUUCAUACAACAUUUUAACCAUGCUGGGUGGACCGCACUGUCAGUUGGUCAUGGCUCUUGUAUCACAUUGUUGCAUUGAUUGGGUAAUCCGAACCAUCAAAUUAAAAUGCUCAUCAUUCA